AUGAUCUCAGCGGCAGAAAGGAAGUUAAACACAAACUCUACACACUUGCACAUUCACACAUACACACAAGAGAGUAAGAGAACAAUGCAAAGUACACGUACCACCUUAAAUGAUGAUGAUGUUAAGGAGAUGGAGCAAAAGUUGGAUGAAGUAAGUAUUAGUGACUCUAGCCGCUCAUCCAGUAACGAAGAGGAACUGUGUAAAGUGAAAAAUGAGAACUACCAUUUGAAAUUAGCUAUUGGUGAGAAGAAUGAUGAAAUUCUGAGAUUGCAUCAUAUGUUACAUAAGGAAGCAUAUUUGGAAAACCUGCAUAAAGUUCUCCCCAGUUUGCAAAAUGGCCCACUGUUAUAUCCCGCUUCUUCUUCUUCACAGGGUGAACAGCAAGAUGGAGAACCUUCUAUCAUCGAUAGUGAGGUGGCAACCCACAUUUCUGCUUCACCUUACAAGGGUAAUCGUGCUAGAUCAACACGUACCGAGAGUUCCUUAGCGACUACAACCAUCUCCAGGAGUAAGAAAAGAUCAAAAAUCUUGGAAGAACAUUUAAUACCUUUCUUACAGAGAAGUAUCCAAACAUUCCAUGCAAGUUCAAUUUUCCAAAAGGAAUCCGUAGAAUUACGUGAGUUAUGGCAAUUCUUUGAAGAGAAUAAUGGGGAAGAUGAAACUUUAUUGGUGAACGUAUUAGAAAAUCUAACUUAUUUGCAACAGCAAUCUACAACCCUUUUAAAUCGUGAAUUACAUUUUAAAAAACUAUCACAGCGCUUAGAGUACCUUUUCACCGUUUUCCUUAAUCCAAAAGAAUAUGAUAUGGCUCCUCAAGAACAUAUUGAAAAAUUGAAAAAUGAUUUAUUGAACAUUCUCAUCAAAUUGUUUGACAGAAUUCCAGCCAAUCAAGAAAACAAUCGAGAAUUAUCCCGCAAAGAAAUUAGAGCCCAGAAAAUUGCAGACUUGGAAAAAGGUAUAGAUCUUUGUACGGAGGCAAUGAACAAUGCGUAUGGUUCUUCCAAAACAGCCGCCGAAUCAGAAAAACACAGUGACAAUGAAGAACACAUGCCAGAUUUGUCACACUUUAGCAAUCAAGAGAAGCAGCGAUUAAAAAAGAAUAGAACUUCAUUGGAAUUCAUUCCUAUCGGUUAUGAUGAAAAUAUGCUUAAUACAAGAACUCCUCAAAGGCCGCUUAAACAUAAGAAGCAGGAUUUAGAUGUUACACCAGUCGCUCAAUUUCGCAAGGAUGAAAAUGAUCCUUUGCAGAAGUUUUUUCAGGAACAAGAUGGCUACAGUGUUCGAUCUUUGAGUGCUAGAAGGUAA